AUGGCUCCACACUCGAUUCCCCGCGCCUCCAUCAGAUUACAACUGGUCCAACGAAGAACAUUCUCCCAUACUCGACAACAGUGGAGAAAAGAGCAACAUGAAGAAGAGAGCUUCAGUAAACGUCUGGGCAAAGCAUGGAGGAAAACUAAGGUCGAAUGGAAGCCUAUCCCUGUUGGUCUAGGCAUUGGCUUUCUCGGGCUUCUACAAUUCAUUCGCAUUCGUCGGAGAGAAGGUGGUGCACAAGAAGGAGAUUCAGAGACGGAUGGACAACGACCGCCCAAAAGACAACGAAUCUAUCCCUCGGGAGGAGGCUGGCAAGUCCAAGUCAUGUCCACCCUCCCUCUCAAAGCGAUAUCUCGAGUCUGGGGUCGCUUCAAUGAACUCACCAUUCCUUACUAUCUACGAGUUCCGGGCUUCAAACUCUACGGCUGGAUCUUCGGCGUCAACUUCGAUGAGGUUGCUGAACCUGAUCUACACGUCUAUCCAAAUCUCGCCUCCUUCUUCUAUCGAGAACUCAAGCCUGGCUUGCGCCCUCUAGACCCCAACUCCAAUGCCGUCCUCUCCCCAGCCGACGCCCGCGUUCUUCAGUUCGGAACCAUCGAAAACGGCGAAGUCGAGCAAGUCAAAGGAAUGACCUACAGCGUCGAUGCACUCCUUGGUUCUAUCUCUCCCAACGGCACAUCUCCCAACCCACAAGCACCCUCCAACAUUUUCAACACCAACAACUCUCCGCAAUCUCUCCCCUCCGACGACCCCGAGGCCAAAGCCAUCUCACAAGAUGAAGAGUUCGCCAACCUCAACGGCAUCUCCUACACACUAUCGAACCUCUUCUCCGGUACCCAAUCUCAAUCACAAUCUAAAUCCACGACCCAAGACGCCUCCACACAAUCGCGGCCUUCAUCUGAAGCCGCUGUCUCAGCCGACUUAGCCACGACCCAACCAUGGUGGACACCGUUCUCCACCCCAACCACCCCCAACAAACUCUACUACAUCGUCGUCUACCUAGCCCCAGGCGACUACCACCGCUUCCACUCGCCCGCAUCCUGGGUCUGCUCCAUCCGCCGACACUUCGCAGGCGAGCUAUACUCAGUCUCGCCGUACGUGCAACGCACACUCCCGGGCCUAUUCACACUCAACGAGCGCGUCGUCUUACUCGGACGCUGGAAACACGGGUUUUUCAGUUACACGGCCGUGGGCGCGACGAAUGUGGGCUCAAUCGUCGUGAACUUCGACAAGGAGCUGCGCACCAACAGCCUGACCACCGACACCGAGGCGGACCGGCAGGCCGCCUUGGCCGCCGAGCGCGGCGAGCCGUACUCGGGCUUCAGCGAGGCGACGUACGAGCGCGCGAGUCGCGUGCUUGGCGGCCAUGCCCUGCGCCGCGGCGAGGAGAUGGGCGGCUUCAGGCUGGGCAGUAGUAUUGUGCUGGUGUUUGAGGCGCCGAGCGGUGGAGGCGUGGAUGCUGCGGAGGGCGAAGGCAAGGGCCAGAACGGCGGCGGGUUCACGUGGGCCGUCGAGCGUGGCCAGAGGGUUAAGGUUGGUCAGGCGCUGGGGUAUGUCUCGGAUCAGAAAAAGAUUUGA